AUGAACUCGUCUUUGUCAAAGCACAGCGUGUCCGGCCCCUUGGGCAGGUUCAUCCUACUUUUCUCCAUCCCGCCGGACGCCACCUCUCAGCGCCAACCCCCGGAGAGGGGAAGAAGAAAGACCUUAUGCGUACCGACCUGGCAGCCGCAGCCAGAGCCAGUUGCCCCGGCAGAGAGCAGCCACUUCGGCCAACAUGGCAGCUGCCGCGCCGCGGCCAAUCAGGGAGGGCUCCACGGGCCGGCCUCCGCCGCACGGCCUCCGCCCGCCGCAGCCAAGAGGGGCGUGGGGAUCGCCGCUGCCAACGCGCUGUAG